AUGGCAUCAGUCAUACCACUGAAGGAAGAGAAGCUCCUGGAUGUCAAAAUAGGGGAGCUGCCAAGCUGGAUACUGAUGCAGUAUCUCACCCCUAAAGGCAUUGCUGGAGCAUUUCAAAGAGGUUACUACCAGUAUUACAAUAAGUAUGUCAGUGUAAAGAAAGGGAGCUUCGCUGGGCUUUCUAUGGUGCUGGCAGCUUACAUGCUUUUCAACUACCGCUGUUCUUACAAGGAGUUCAAACACAAGCGGCCACGCAAGUACCAUUGA